AAUUUUGGAAUAAUAAUAAGCUGUCUGUAACAAAACAGCUGCAGAAACGGCAUCUUUAGGACAUUUUAAAAUUAAAAUAAGAUUAAUAUUAUAAAAAAGCUCAAAUGCUAUUCCAGAAUUUCCAAUAAUAUUUUCAUUUUGCUAAGAGACCAUCGCGCUCUUGAUCCUAGCAGAGAUCUAGCUCGUUACCAUUUCAUUAUAGCUACGCCGAAUUUCACUGACAUCGUCUGAUAAUCUCACUCGCCGGUGCAUGGAAGCUCCGUGGAUCCAUCUCUAGGGCACGAUUUUCUUCCAGAUUCAUAAGGCAUAACCAAUGGCUUCGUGGCUUAAAGCCGCCGAAGAUUUAUUCGAAGUUGUAGAUCGAAGAGCAAAGCUGGUUGUUAGUGAACUGUCAGAGGAGCAAUCUGAUUCUCAGUUACAAGGUUCUUCAGCAAAAAAGACAAAGUCAAGGACAAAGGCUCAAAAAAGACUUUCUGCAACUAAAUCUCCCAAACCUAGUGAUACUGUCCGUGAACAAACAAGUUCAGAAGUAUUACAAUCAGACAUAACACCUGAUAAAGAUAACGGUGCUCUUUCUUCUGACAAUGAGGGAAACCCUAUUGCUAAGUCUUUGGUCCAGACAAGUAGUGAGCAGUACAGCAGCAGUGAGAAAGAUACUGCUAGAAUUCCUUCUUCUGAACCAUUGGAAACCAAUGUGGUUAUACAUGAUGCUGAUCAGGAAGAAAUCCGUGCAAUUGAUAGCAAUGCAGAAGCUUCAUUGUCAACUUCAAAUGGCGAGCUUCUCAAUGAGAAUGCUUCUGAUGUUCAUGCAGAGCAACCUUCUUCACCUUUAGCUGCCAAAGAAAUGGAGGUUGUUAGUGAAGAUCAUUUAGCCAAUGGUGGCCAAAACAUUGAUUUUGAAAGUGCAGAUGCUCCUAUGAAGACUGAUCAAGAGAGGUCACAACCUGUAGUUUCUGAUUCUCCUGUUAACACUGAAGCUCAAGUAAAAGAAGAUGAUGUUAAAGUUGAAACUCCUGUGAAUCAAAUGAAGCCACAAGAGCAAAAAGCUGAUACUCCUCCAAUGAAAGUCCAGGACCAACUUGAUGAGGCUCAAGGACUGCUUAAAACCACAAAUCCCACUGGUCAAUCAAAAGAGGCAAGACUAGCUCGGGUUUGUGCUGGACUUUCAUCCCGUCUUCAAGAAUAUAAAUCUGAGAAUGCACAGCUUGAGGAGCUUCUAAUUGCUGAGAGAGAGCUGAGUAAAUCUUAUGAGGCUCGUAUAAAACAACUACAGCAAGAUUUAUCUGUAUCUAAGAGUGAAGUAACAAGGGUAGAGUCAAAUAUGCUUGAGGCUUUGGCAGCAAAGAACUCUGAGAUUGAGGCACUUGUCAAUUCACUGGAUGCACUUAAGAAACAAGCUGCUUUAUCUGAAGGAAAUCUGGCAUCACUGCAGGCAAACAUGGAGUCUAUUAUGAGAAACAGGGAAUUAACAGAGACAAGGAUGAUGCAGGCCUUACGUGAGGAGCUGGCUUCUGCAGAAAGGAGAGCAGAAGAAGAACGUGCAGCCCAUAAUGCUACUAAAAUGGGUGCCAUGGAAAGGGAAGUGGAAUUGGAGCAUCGAGCUGUUGAGGCAUCCACAGCUCUUGCUAGGAUCCAGAGGGUUGCAGAUGAGAGGACAACAAAGGCUGGAGAGCUUGAGCAGAAGGUGGCACUUCUUGAGGUUGAAUGUGCAACUCUAAACCAAGAACUGCAAGAUAUGGAAGCUCGUGCACGUCGUGGACAGAAGAAGUCUCCAGACGAAGCAAAUCAAAUGAUUCAGAUGCAGGCAUGGCAGGAGGAAGUGGAGCGUGCACGCCAAGGUCAAAGAGAUGCCGAGAGCAAGCUCUCUUCAUUGGAGGCUGAAGUGCAGAAAAUGAGGGUCGAAAUGGCUGCCAUGAAAAGGGAUGCUGAGCAUUAUUCACGCCAGGAGCAUAUGGAGCUAGAGAAACGCUACCGUGAACUAACUGACCUAUUGUACUACAAGCAAACACAGUUAGAAACUAUGGCUAGUGAAAAAGCUGCGGCUGAGUUCCAUUUGGAGAAGGAAAUAAAGCGUCUUCAAGAAGCACAGGUUGAGGUAGAAAGAAGUAGGGUUCCUCGUCGGGCAUCAUCUUCCUGGGAAGAAGACACUGAAAUCAAAGCACUAGAGCCUCUUCCGUUGCAUCACCGUCACAUGGCUGCUGCAAGCAUACAGUUACAGAAGGCAGCAAAGUUACUGGAUUCAGGGGCUGUCAGGGCCACAAGAUUUCUUUGGCGAUAUCCAACAGCUAGAAUAAUCUUGCUAUUCUAUCUUGUCUUUGUACAUCUCUUCUUGAUGUAUUUGUUGCAUCAUCUUCAGGAACAAGCGGAUAAUUUAGCUGCUAGGGAAGUUGCAGAAUCUAUGGGUCUUGCCAACCCUAACUUACCAUAAAUUGGGCAAAUGCCCAAUGUCAGAAGUUAGCGCCCACAGAGAGUUCUCCAAAUGUGUGAUUUAAUAUCUGCAAGGUUGUAUAUUCAAUUUUCUUUUGCAGGUAUAUACGGAAUGAACCAAGAACACACCAAAGAUUAUAAAACUAUAGAAGAUGCUUACUCUUCACUCACUGCCAUUCUGGAUGUGCAAAUAUUCCAGGAAAAUGUUGGAACUUGGUAGCAAAUACUGCAGAUGGGAACUAGUAGCAAAACUAGACUUUGAUAUAGUUAUGAAAUUCUGAUGCAUCAAGCGGCUGCUAACUGUGGAUAUACUACCAUGUUUACAUAAAAUUGGAAAUCCCGUUUUGAAACGGAUUUGAGAAAGCACCAUGUUGUAGAUCCAAAGUCAUUCUCAUGUGAAUGAAAUAUUCUUUUUUCAUUUUUUAUAUACUGGUGAUUGCAAAACCUAACGUUUACUUCUGACUUGUUUUCAACGUUGUAAAAUGAAUGUCUUGGAAGACAUACAUAUGCGAUAAUUAAUGUGGUUAACUUCUUUUUCUUAUUUAUACAUUGAUAUUGGACA